GCAGGAGGAGAGAGACUGGUACAGCCUGGACCUCUCUCCCUCUUCAAUCUCUCUUUUUCUUGCAGAUCAGUCUCUCUCCCUGUCUCUGCCUCUCUGCAUAGGCAAUCAGAGCUCUUACUCACAGACUCAACUCUCCCUUUUGCACUGCUUGUAAUGAAUUUUCUUCCUGAAUGUAGGUCGUUUACCACCGAAAGCGCCAGUUUCCUCCCAAGCCGGCGUCUGCUGUGUGUUUUUCUUUUGCUUUUUUGGGGGUCGAUGCAUUCCUUUGGACCAGAAAAUCGCCUUGGAUUCCAAAAACGGAGAGAGGAACCUGGUAUGAUCUCCUGGCAGGAUUUGGCUGUGUGUUAAAAACAACAAAAAAAGGACCCUGAUGCAUCUGCAGCUAUUCCAGUGCUAAGGUUUAAUCACCUACUACUCUUGGAGAGUUGGAAUGGCUGUCAGAACCCAUGUGAGCAUUGAAAUCUCCAGAAAAAGUGAAGCUAACAUAUGGAGAGGUUUAAGACAUUACCAUAAGUUGGAAUAAAACUUGCCCUAAUCGUCAGCAUCUGAUUUCUUGAUGGGAAAGAAUUGUGCUUCAAGUAAAAUGACAUCAUGCUGCCUCCCACAGAGGGAUUCUGAAGGUUUCUCAAAAAUGAAACUCAGUGGCUGACUGACCAGGCUGGAAUUCAUUGGAAGGAAUCAUUGCGCUACUAAAGCAGAGUUACUACUGACUAUCUUUUCUUCUCCACUUGUUUGGAAGCGUUGCCAGGAUUAAGCCAUCGUUGGAGUCUGGGGAUGGGCCUUAGGAACAAGGACUCCCUUGCUUGUCAUAGCAUUGGAAUCUGUCUGUGGUCAGUUAUCUGAGGCAUCAAUACAUUCAUCCUCAGAUUUUUUCACUGCCUGAAGAGGAUUCUGUUUUAUCCUUAACCUCAUCUCCAUAUUGCCUUCCCCAUCCCCUUAUUUUCCUUGACUGAUUAAUUUCUCUUUGGCUGUGGACGAUUGAGCCCUGCUGAUGUUGAUUUAAACAAUGUCGAGGCCAAUGGGACUUCUAUGGCUGCCUUUGAUCUUCACUCCGGUCUGUGUCAUGUUGAAUGCUAACUUCCUCCUGUGGAUAACUGCACUCGCUAUAAGAUUUACUCUCAUUGAUGGCCAAGCACAAUACCCUGUUGUUACGACAAAUUAUGGCAAAAUACGGGGUCUAAGAACACCUUUGCCUAAUGAGAUUCUUGGUCCGGUGGAGCAGUACCUGGGUGUUCCUUAUGCCUCCCCUCCAACUGGCGAAAGGCGAUUCCAGCCCCCGGAGCCUCCUUCCUCCUGGACUGGGAUCCGGAAUGCCACACAGUUUGCUGCUGUCUGCCCACAGUACCUGGAUGAGAGAUCACUGCUCAAUGACAUGUUGCCAGUCUGGUUUACUGCCAAUUUGGAUACUGUGGUUACUUACGUGCAAGAUCAAAAUGAAGACUGCCUGUAUUUGAAUAUCUAUGUGCCCACAGAGGAUGGAGCCAACACAAAGAAAAGCGCAGAUGAUAUAACCAGUAAUGAUCGUGGUGAAGAUGAAGACAUUCAUGACCAGAACAGCAAGAAACCAGUUAUGGUCUACAUCCAUGGGGGAUCCUACAUGGAGGGUACUGGCAACAUGAUUGAUGGGAGCAUUCUAGCAAGCUAUGGAAAUGUCAUCGUUAUUACCCUCAACUACAGGCUAGGGGUUUUAGGUUUUCUAAGUACUGGUGACCAAGCUGCAAAAGGCAAUUACGGAUUGCUUGACCAAAUCCAAGCUUUACGAUGGAUUGAAGAAAAUAUUGGAUCUUUUGGAGGAGAUCCAAAAAGAGUUACUAUUUUUGGUUCCGGAGCAGGAGCUUCCUGUGUUAGUCUACUGACCCUGUCUCACUAUUCAGAAGGCUUGUUCCAAAAGGCAAUCAUACAGAGUGGAACAGCCCUGUCCAGCUGGGCAGUGAACUACCAGCCUGCCAAGUACACUCGGAUAUUGGCAGACAAAGUGGGCUGCGACAUGCUGGAUACCACUGACUUAGUUGAAUGCCUUCGGAAUAAGAACUACAAAGAACUCAUUCAGCAGACCAUCACUCCAGCCACGUACCACAUUGCUUUUGGGCCUGUGAUAGAUGGGGAUGUGAUUCCUGAUGACCCUCAGAUUUUAAUGGAACAGGGGGAAUUUCUUAACUAUGACAUAAUGUUAGGUGUGAACCAAGGGGAAGGCUUAAAAUUUGUGGAUGGAAUUGUGGACAAUGAAGAUGGUGUUUCCCCAAAUGACUUUGACUUUUCUGUCUCCAAUUUUGUGGACAAUUUGUAUGGUUAUCCAGAAGGAAAAGAUACGCUGCGGGAGACCAUUAAGUUCAUGUACACUGACUGGGCAGAUAAAGAAAACCCUGAAACAAGAAGAAAGACCCUGGUAGCUCUCUUUACUGACCACCAGUGGGUUGCCCCAGCUGUUGCUACUGCUGACCUGCAUGCCCAGUAUGGCUCUCCAACAUAUUUCUAUGCGUUUUAUCAUCACUGCCAAAGUGAAAUGAAACCAAGCUGGGCUGAUUCAGCACAUGGUGAUGAAGUCCCUUAUGUGUUUGGCAUUCCCAUGAUUGGUCCUACAGAAUUGUUUAAUUGCAACUUCUCCAAGAAUGAUGUCAUGCUCAGUGCCGUAGUUAUGACAUACUGGACAAACUUUGCCAAGACUGGAGAUCCAAACCAGCCUGUUCCACAAGACACAAAGUUUAUUCAUACAAAACCCAACCGUUUUGAAGAAGUGGCCUGGUCCAAGUAUAACCCUAAAGAUCAACUGUACCUACAUAUUGGCCUGAAACCCAGAGUCCGGGAUCACUACCGAGCAACAAAAGUUGCCUUCUGGUUGGAACUUGUACCACACCUGCACAACCUCAAUGAAAUAUUUCAGUAUGUUUCCACAACAACAAAAGUUCCCCCUCCUGAUAUGACAUCAUUUCCUUAUGUAACCAGGCGAUCUCCUGGAAAGCUGUGGCCAGCCACCAAACGUCCAGCAAUGACACCAGCCAACAAUCCUAAACAUUCAAAAGACACUCAUAAAACUGCCCCAGAGGAUACAACUGUUCUCAUAGAAAACAAGCGAGAUUAUUCCACAGAAUUGAGCGUCACUAUUGCCGUGGGAGCAUCCUUGCUAUUCCUCAACAUUUUAGCUUUUGCUGCACUGUAUUACAAGAAAGACAAGAGGCGUCACGAAACACACAGGCGCCCCAGCCCUCAAAGGAACACAACUAAUGAUAUAGCGCACAUACAAAAUGAAGAGAUUAUGUCAUUGCAGAUGAAACAGCUGGAGCAUGACCAUGAGUGUGAAUCGCUGCAGGCACACGACACACUGAGACUCACCUGUCCACCUGACUACACCCUUACUUUGAGGAGGUCCCCAGAUGACAUUCCACUCAUGACACCCAACACCAUAACCAUGAUUCCUAAUACAUUAACAGGAAUGCAGCCUUUGCAUACUUUCAACACUUUCAGUGGAGGACAAAACAGUACUAAUUUGCCCCAUGGACAUUCUACUACUAGGGUAUAGCUCUGCCAUUCCUCUCUCACCCCUCAAGCCAAUUGGAAGAAAAGAGAAAAAGAAGAGGGAAAAAAAUAUUCUCCAUAGAACAACUUGCCAGAAUAAUAAUAAUAAAACAACAGUAAAAGAGAAGGACAGUCAUUAUUUUCUUACUGACCCUUUCCAUAGGAACUCUGAUAUUAAAGAUCAGCUUCAAACCCUGUGAAAUGUGAAAUGUGUACAUUGCUGUUAUGAUACUGCUUUAAGAUCUCAACCGCUUUGAUUGAAAGUUGAGGCCAGAAGAAAUCAGUUAAAAAGAGAUUUUGAGUGCAACCAUCAGAAACAGAAUCUUCUGGAACAUGGAGCCAGUGACUGUACAGUUUUUUUAAUAAUAAAAAUUUAAAAACAAAAGUUCUUUAUGUGCCAUACCAUGAAUGGCCCUUGUUAAAAUAAAGACAUCAUCAUGGGCUUUUACCCAGCAUAUGAACUUGCAAUCCAGAAGGGAGAAAUAGGAUUUUAUUAUUAAAAACAAGAGGACUGACUAUGCAGUAAAACACGUAUAGUUCUGUGCAAAGAGAUGACUUGCCAGCCUGAACUAUAUUUAAAGAAACUUUGUAAAAAAUGUACAUAGCUGUAAGUUUAAAAAUAAGCUUUUAUUGAUGUUUUCAGUUUCAAAAGAGCUUUUAGAAAGAUUGUGCAUUCAGUUGUGACCUAUGUGUAUAUUCAUUAGUCAUAUCACCUCUGUUCCCUCCAGGCCAAAAGGAGGACUUUCUUCUUAAUUACUAGUGGUAAGCAAAGACAUGAGGUUUUUUCUAACAUGUUUCAUUUAUAGAAGGACAUGGUGUCAUGCAGAGGAUAGAGUUGUCUGUGUGACCUGCAUAUUUUCUCUUACAGGUUACACAAAUGCAUGUUAAAGCAUUCUUAGGAGAUGGUUGGUUGUUUUUGUUUCCAGAAACCUUUUCUUUUCUUUCCUUUUUUGUUAGCGUACAUUAAAUUGCAACACAGAGAUGGAUCCGAAAAUGGAAAAAUAAUUCUUGUUUUAAGCUUGUUGAAUUGAACCAAGAAACAUCACAAAUAUAUAUAAAGAGUCCAGUUUUGUAGUUCUUGGUUAUUUUAAUAUAUUAGGCAGAGUUGCUUCCCAAUCUGCUGCCCUGACAGAAGCAAAGAAAGCCUGCCUUUUGGUCAGUCUUUUCUGAGGAAUACUAGCUCUAUAUUCACCAGCAGCUGCAGAAGAGCUUGAGCUAAGGAAGCACCCACUCAGCUUUGCUAAACAAAGGGAAAUACAGUUUGAAGGUGGGGAAAAUGGUUUGGUUUGGUUUGGUUUGGUUUUAAAAACGGUCAUGAUUUAUCAUUAUACAAAGCACUUUUUCCCCUCAGUAUCCUGCUUUUAUGAUCAAGAGUUCAUCUGUCAGAAAACAGUAUUUUCGACAGUUGUGUAGCUGUCCCAUAUCCAAUAGAGAUUGUUGGGAGCUAGAGAGAGAACUGAUGGGGUCUGUGUACAUUUAUGUGAAAAUUCAGGACAGCAUCAUUGUCAGAAAAAAAUAUUAAAUUUGUAUUGUUUAUUCUGCCCUCCUUAACCGGAAGGGCAAACAGGGCUGUCCCACAAGGAGUUUUAUAAUUUCUUUUAAACAACAUAUUCAAGUAUUAAAUGAUAGAAGUGAGUUAUUAACAAAUGAGAGUUACUUUAUAUUUUGCUUUAGAAAGUAACUAUUUAAUCCAGAGAUUGGAACCAAAGAUAUUUGAACAGAGUUGCUCUGCACUUGAACAUGACUGUCCCAGAUCUAUUUUUUAUUACUAUAUCCCUUCGAAGCUGGGCGCAACAGUAUCAUAUUGUCUGUCCCACGCAGAACAAAACACAAGAUGCCUUGCACCUUUUUUUUCCUCCCUUUUUUUAAAAAUUAAACACUUUGGAAGUGCCAGCCUAUGAAAGGUGACAUAUGAGUUCUGUACAGCUCCUUGCUGUGGCUGGCUGGGAGCAGGUUUUGAAAGAGCUGAAAAAGGGAGUUAAUAAUAUAGUAAAAGUCCACCAUGAAACCAGUAUCAUUUUUUACACGUAAGAAGAUAGAUGUGCUAUACAUAUGACCUGGUCUCUCAGGUUGGACAGUAGUGAAGCAACAUUCUGGAGUAUGUCUAGUAGCAAAUAGAAAACUGCCUUCUUCACUGAUACAUCCCGUAAUGUUUAUUAAAGCUGACUCUAUACCAGGCCAUUUCUGCCACCUAUAUAUUGCCUCAGCUGAGAUGCAGCCGUUCAUGACUCUAAAAAUAAAAAUACAAAAAAAAAAAAAAAGAAAAAAAGAAAAAGAAAGAAAGAAAAAUAAUUUAAAAGGCAGUGAUGCUUUGCAUCAUAACCAGUUGGGUAUGUUUGUAAUGUGAAUUACAGUAUUUGUUUAGUACUUCCAAUUGUUUUCUGCUAGCAAUAUGUACAGUACUGUGUCAGGCUUGUGACAUUUGGGUAAAAAAGUUCCUGUAAGUGAAUGAUUUUGGCUUUUAAAAAUGAUUACAAUCAAGUCAACGUAAUCAUUUAAUACAUCUGAACUGAUGUAUGAUUUAUAAAUGGAAAGAUUUAUAGGAUCUUCAUAGAAUUCUAUAAUAACGAGAACAAAUUAUACUUUGCAAACUGUACAAGAAAGAAAAAAAAAAGAACUUUCCCAGUAUAUUCUUGACCUUAAGAGGCACGCAGGGUUUAAUGGUUUCUUUUGUUAUUGUUUUGCGAUUUUUUUGUUUGUUUUUUGCCUUAAGUAAUGAUAGAAGAUAUAUAUGGCUGGACACAUAUGUAUAAACUUUUCAGCAGCAUUUUUAAUAAUAAAAUAUCACAGUAUUUUCUAA